AUGCCAAACACCCCGUAUGGAAAAAUGUUCUGGAAGACCUCGAACCGAUCUCCACCGGACAAAAUACCUGACCAAAGCUUGGAUGUGAAUCCAUAUAAUCCGUCUAAAUCUACUGAUAUCGUUUUCACGCCAAAUGAACUUGGGGAUCCCGCACAAAGUCCCACAGAUCUAGGUCGGAAGCCUUCUCUGGUCCGCAGCUUCAGGGCGGGCUCUACAUUCGGCCUCCCCGUGCGUAAUCUAUCAGUCUCCCACGAUCGGCGCAACGAUCCUCUCGGUCUGAAUGUUGUCUAUGAGCCGGAAACAUCGCCAUCUCUCGACAUUAUUUUUGUCCAUGGCCUGGGUGGUACCAGUCGAGCUACAUGGGCACGAGAUCGAGAUCCACAAUAUUUCUGGCCAGAGAAAUGGCUCCCUCACGAACCUGGGAUUCGGAUGGCAAGAAUUCUGUCCUUCGGAUACAAUGCAAGCUGGGCAACUACUGGUGUCGCUCCCAUCACAGGAAUUGCAGAUUUUGCGAAAGAUCUGCUAUAUUCAAUGAAAUUUGCCAAGAGCGAAAAUUUGGAAGAACUGGAGUUGGGCCAGAUGGUGGUCGACAAAGACUCAGCUACUCUUGGAUAUCCGGAGGAGAUCUCGAAAGCCCUGCUUGCUGAUCAUCACACGGUCUGCAAAUUCGAGAGCAAUCAGGAUUCCAACUACAUUAGCGUCAGAAAUGCCUUGAAAACCUUGGUCUCAUCCAUUCGCUCGGCAGGGCAAUCUUUAUUUGGAGAGCAAGGAAAAGGACACCUAGAACAGCUUCAGCGUCUGCUGGCGGUGUCUGAAAAUUAUGAUGAGGAUCUUGAAUUCUUUCGUUCCAGGUGGACCCCUGGGACUUGCGAGUGGAUCCUUGCCCAGCCAUCCUUCGGGGGAUGGAUGGAUAAAGCGGACGAUGCUCCAAACGUGCUAUGGCUGCAUGCAUUGCCAGCUAGUGGGAAGUCUGUUUUAUCUUCCUUUGUCAUACAACACCUUUCGGAAAAGUCGAUUUGUGUGUACUAUUUCUUUCGAUUCAGUGACGAUUCCAAGAGAUCGCUUAGCAUGUGCUUGAGAAGCAUUGCUUUUCAGCUUGCAAAACAGCUGCCGGAGUUCCGCCGCGCGUUGAAGGAGAUGCCGUUUUCUACCAAGACGUUGGAAAAAACAGACUCGAAGACCCUAUGGGAGAAGAUCUUUGUUCGGGUCCUGUUCAAAAUGCAAUCUGCUAGAACAAUCUAUUGGGUGAUUGACGCGCUCGAUGAAUCGGAACACGCACAGCAACUAGUGGAGCUAGUACAGGGUAUAUCCCAUUCAUCGACGCGGAUCAAGGUGCUCUUCGUUAGUCGACAAACCUCGGGACUUAUCACAACAUUUGACCGCUUGUCUACCGUGCUCUCGGUGGCAUAUACACCGUUGGAAAGCACCAAAAGAGACAUUGGACUGUAUGUGGAGAAGGAAGUAGAGUAUAUGCGUGCCGCUCCCGAGUUUAAAGCCCGAUUGGUCGAAAAGCUGGUCCAGGGUGCAAAUGGUAACUUCUUAUGGGCCAGCCUUGCGAUGCGUGAAGUGAUGGAAUGCAAUACAGAAGAGGACUUCGAUGAAACACUAACUGGAAUCCCUGCAGGUAUGGAACAGCUGUAUCAACGCAUGGAGCGCACGAUCAUUGCGAACACAAAGCCUCGUGACCGCAAACUGGGACAGAGGAUUUUGACAUGGUCUGCAUGCUCUCGAAGGCCGCUGGCCCUCAGCGAGUUAGCACAGGCCUUAGAGCCAGAUUUUGCAUUGAAGGUGGAUCUGAAUUUGAUCAUCAACCGUGUUUGUGGCCAGUUUGUUAUUGUUGACCCUGUGACUGGUCGAUUAGUGAUGGUACAUCAAACUGCAAGGGAUCACCUUGUGACAACAGACUCCGAAUUGGGAGUCAAUAUAUCUCAAGGUCAUGAGAGGUUGUUGUCCGAGUGUCUGGCUGCAUUGGAGAAAAGGCAUCACCAACCUCGAGAUCUGAAUACCCAACCUGGGGAUCGGAAGGCCAGCCUCAGGGGAGAAUUCUUCUGGUAUGCCAUGACUUCGUGGGCGUAUCACUUGGAUAAAUUGUCUCCUGAUUCAGAUGCACCACUGCUUCUUUUGGCAAGAUUUCUCAAGGGUAAUUACGUGCUAGACUGGAUCGUGGCUCUAGCUCAAACAAGGCGACUACACGUGCUCGUGUCUUCCGCGAAAAGCAUGAAUCUUUAUGUCCGCCGCAAACGAGGUCGCUACGCCACCAAAAACCCAAUGUUCCAUCGACUCCAAGAACUUGAUAUGGUGGAAUCAUGGGCAACAGAUAUGCUCAAACUCAUUGGAAAAUUUGGACUGCACCUUACUGAAUCCCCUACCUCGAUAUAUCACCAGAUUCCCCCGUUUUGCCCAAAGACCUCGAUGAUAUACAGACAAUUUGAUCAAUCAGCCCCACGCCCACACUCCUUGAAAGUGGAAGGGUUGUCAAAGUCCACAUGGGAUGACGGCCUGGCAAAGAUUUCGCUCCAACCCGAGACCCAGGGUCGCAUCAUUGUUUGUGCGGGAGAUAAUUUUGCUGUUCUAACGCGCCGAGGGGUGAUUACUUUGUACAACUCCACGACCUUCGAGACUAGACAUGUACUCAAACAUGCGGAGGAAGUUUCCGCGAUGAGAUUCAGCCGCAACUCCCAUCUUCUCGCGACAUACGGCUAUCGGUCGACGAAAGUGUGGUCUGUGAAUUCGGGGCAAAUCAUCCAUCGCAUUAAAAACCCCGCUGGCAGCCCGAUUCUAAGCUUGACAUUUUGCACUGAUGAUACUAAGAUCAUCAUUGGGUCAGCUGAUCGACUUCUCAGAAUCGCCUGUUUGAGAGACACCAAUCCUGCUUGGGUGAUCCUGCAUCGCAAUCUUCUCACAAUGGACACGGCGCUGGAUAGACCUGUGCACAAUGUGCCUCGGCGUAUGGCAUUUAAUUCUGACGCGUCAUGUGUUGCUGUGGCGUACCGCGGCUCUCCCCUCUGUGUUUGGUCUCUAGAGACUGAGACGCUCUUGGGUCGAUGUAUGCGAAGUCCCGAAUAUGCAGGAAAUGCAUGGACCGUUGUGGAUCAGGUAAUCUGGCAUCCGAAAUCAGACGAGAUCAUUGGUCUUUAUAUGGGAGGGCAAGUGUUCAGAUGGAAUCCAUACACAAAUACCCAGCAGGAACUGGAGGCGGAGGGGUCUAUUCUCGCGUGCAGCCCCGAGGGAAAAUUCUUUACCGUAGGGGACAGCCAGGGUACGAUCAAGCUUUACAACUUCCACCAUUUUACCAUGGUCUACAAGCUCUCCUAUAACCAGGUGAUCACAGACCUUUGCUUCAGUCCCGACAGCAAACGGCUAUAUGACCUCCGUGGGGCGUGGUGCAACGUCUGGGAGCCAAACGCCUUACUUGCAGGGGAAGAGAAUGGUGAUGACAGUGACCUUGGGAGCGAAGCGGCUAGUGUUCCAACCGCGAUGGUAUCGGAAGCGUCUGCGGAAAUGAAGGUACAGAUCACUGCAAUUGCUAUUCAGUUUGGAGGGCGAUACCACGCUGUUGGGAAUGAAAAUGGAGUUGUUAGCGUGCUAGACUCGUCAAAUAGCGCCCACGGGAUGGUUGAACUCUGGAGGUCAUCUUUUGAGCUACCAACAACCCAUUUGGAUUGGUCCUCAGAUGGAAGGUUUCUAGCCUGUGUUGAGAUGGCAGGAAGGGUUGUUGUGAAGGGUAUUCAGCGAGACAGAGACCGAACCUGGACUGUUCAACCAGUCUUCGCCACGAAAAUCAAUGUUCAUCCUGAAGGCAUUCGGCAGAUACUACUCAAUGAGAAUGGGUCCAUCAUUCUGGUCAAGAACGGCCCUUCAGUCAGUGUUCAACCAGUGAGCUCAACCCCGACUGCACAAGAGUCGCACACCAUCACAUCGCCAAAUACAAAAUGGUCCAAACAUCCAACAGACGCAAAACUACUGUUUUCAGUCAGUCCCAGCCAUAUCCGUGUCUAUAAAUGGAAAGAUCUCUCCGAAGUUGCCGCAAUGGAUGUAGGGAGAACACCCCUGCUCCUGAGACCAGGUUCAGAUCUCGCCGCCGAUAUCGAUCUAGAUCAUAAGGGCAGCGAAAAGGAUGCAAAAGUCAAGCGGAGCUACAAUACCCGUUCAGGCUCUCAUUUCCUCAUCCAGACCAUAUUCUCUACUGAAAACCGCAGAGAGACCGUCAUAUCGUUGUUCCAUACAUCUUCUCUGUUCAAUGGACCAACUAGGCCUGGCCGAUCCUCGUCGAACGACAUGCUCAUGGCCAUUCCAGCUGAAAUCCAGUGUCAAAUCGAGAUCCCCCUUGGCAUUCUCUCGCGACAACGUCUUGUGUUCCUCGACAAAAACUACUGGAUGUGCUCGUGGAGUCUGAGUCCCAAAUACAUCGCUAGCGAAGUGGAGCGGCACUAUUUUCUCCCUAAGGAUUGGCUAAGUGCGGAAGGGUUAGAGCUUUGUGCUUUACUUCCAGAUGGAGUGUUCUUGAUGCCGAAUAAUGGCGAGGUGGCUGUAGUGAGGAGCACUGAAUUGAGCCGUGGAUGA